AAAAACCAACAAACGAGAUAGGAGAAAAAACUCUUUCUCCACUCCUGCCUCCUUGCCUUCCCGUUCCCAGAUUGAAAAUUCAAAAAACUGAAAAAGGUAAAGCAGCACCACUUCCACCGCACUCAAAUCUGAAAGAAAACACGCAGUUUGCCUCUCCUUCAGGUUACAACAAACAAACACAUGUAAAUUUAUUUUGACAGAAAUGUCCCUCCUCAGUAGAUUCUUUUACCGGAGACCCCCUGAUGGCUUACUCGAAUUUGUUGAUAGAGUUUACGUGUUUGAUUCUUGUUUUUCCACUGAUGUAUUACCGGAUGGAAUGUACCAAAUUUACCUGCACGAAAUAAUAACUGAAUUAUAUGAGGAAUUUCCGGACUCUUCGUUUCUGGCCUUUAAUUUUCGGGAAGGCGAGAAACGGAGUCAGCUUGCAGAAAUUUUAUGUCAGUAUGAUGUUACUGUAAUGGAUUAUCCGCGGCAGUACGAGGGUUGUCCAUUGCUGCCAUUGUCUUUGAUUCAGCAUUUUCUUCGUGUUUGUGAGAGUUGGCUUUCGAAAGGGAAUCAUCAGAAUGUUAUCCUUUUUCACUGUGAGAGAGGGAGUUGGCCAUUGUUGGCAUUUCUUUUGGCCAGUUUCUUGAUUUUUAGGAAGUUGCAUAGUGGUGAGAAGAGGACUCUUGAGAUUGUUCAUAAAGAGGCUCCUAAAGGGUUCUUGCAGCUCUUGUCGCCACUCAAUCCUUUUCCAUCUCAACUUCGUUAUCUUCAGUAUGUGGCUAGGAGAAAUAUAGCACCGGAGUGGCCACCUCCUGAACGGGCGCUUUCUUUGGAUUGUGUCAUUUUUCGUGCCAUUCCCAGUUUUGAUGCUGGAAAUGGGUGUAGGCCAAUCAUUCGUAUUUUUGGUAGGAACUUACACACAAAGGGUGGACUUUCUACGCAGAUGCUCUUCUCUAUGUCUAAGAAGAAGAAGAAGUCUGCCCUUCGGCACUACUGCCAGGCGGACUGUGAUGUGAUAAAGAUUGACAUUCAAUGUUUGGUGCAAGGAGAUGUUGUCUUGGAGUGUCUGCAUUUGGACUUGGAUUCUGAAAGGGAAGUUAUGAUGUUUCGUGUAAUGUUUAAUACCGCUUUUAUUCGAUCCAAUAUAUUGAUGCUCAAUUCUGACAAUUUGGACAUUCUUUGGGAUUCAAAAGAGCGAUAUCCAAAAGGCUUCCGUGCAGAGGUUCUGUUUGGGGAGGUUGAGAGCAUCUCCUCUCCGAAAGCCCCAACUACAAUUUUAAAUGGUGAGGAAAAAGGUGGAUUGCCGAUUGAAGCCUUUUCAAGAGUUCAAGAACUAUUUAGUGGCGUUGAGUGGGUUGAUAGCAGUGACGAUGCUGCAUUGUGGUUGCUUAAACAGCUAUCAGUCAUUAGUGAUGCCAGAGAAUUUUCAAGAAUGCAAAGUCAAGUGAGUUCAUAUGCAUCACCUGUUGAUUCUGAAGAUGAAAAUAAUGCAUCUAGCACUGCUGAUAGUUCGGAUGAAGCAUUUGAUUAUGUUUCCAAGUCUACAGCUGAAGGAAUGAAACCAUUGAUGUCAAAUACUGUUGAGUCAGUUCCCUUAUCUGCUGAAAGUAAUGAUCCACAGGAUUUGGAUCUAACUACAGACCCUCCACCUCAAGUUUCAGUCAAGGGUUUACCAUCCUCUCGUCAUCAACAAUUAUCAGUUGCAGGUGUAGGAACUCUGACUUCUCCAUGCCCCCCUCAACCCCCUCCACCACCCCCUUUUGCUCGCACACCACCACCACCUCCACCACCACCACCGCCCCAUCCUCCAUCUUCUAUUUCUAACCAAAGUCCUCUGUCAGUGGCUGCUCCACUAGACCAAUACCCCCCUCCCCCCCCUCUGCCACCAUCACCUCCUACACCUCCCUCUACUACUACUAGCAAUAGUAAAUCUCCACCACCACCUCCACCACCACCUCCUCUUCCCAAUGUCUCUAGUGGAGAUUUAUCAACAGCUUCAGUUCCCACUAGUAAAAGAGAUAUUCCACCACCUCCUUGUCCACCUCCCCCUCCCAACUUCUUCAAUAAAGAUGCUUCUUUACCACCUGCCUCUCAUAAUACAUGUCUGCCACCACCACCACCACCUCCUCCUCCUCCUCCUCCUCCUCUUCCUAACUUCAGUAAAGAUUCUGGUACACCACCUCCUCCUACCUGCAGAGGCCCACCACCACCACCUCCUCCUCCUCCUCCUCCUCCUAACUUCAGUAAAGAUUCUGGUACACCACCUCCUCCCACCUGCAGAGGCCCACCACCACCACCUCCUCCACCUCCCCUCUUGAGUUCUUCUAAAGGGCCACCACCUCCUCCUGUUUCUUCUAAAAAUAGACAAUCCUCUGUGCCACAGCAGCUUCCAGUGCCUCCACCACCACCACCACCGCCGCCGCCGCCAUUCUUAAUGAGUAUAACUAAUAAUGUUAAAACAUCACCACAACAGCCGCCGCCGCCACCACCACCACCCCCUCCUAUGACACUGUCUUCAAGUUCAAAAUCUACUGCUAGUUGUAUUGGUGGGGCACCACCUCCUCCGCCUCCGCCUCCGCCUCCUUUUGGUUGCAACCCUGCUAAUGCCCCAAGGCCACCUCCUCCUCCUCCUCCUCCUCCUGGUCGCAACCCUACUAAUGCCCCAACGCCACCUCCUCCUCCACCUAGACCUACACGCCCCACUUCCACAGCACCGCCUCCGCCUCCGCCACCCAAGCCUCCUGCAGCUCCCCCUCCACCACCUGGUCGUGCCUCAGUACCAGGUCCACCUCCACCUCCUGGAGCAAAGGGCUCUAAUGUGCCACCACCUCCACCUCCAUCUGCAGGAAGAGGAAAAGCUUCUUUAGGGGCAAGUAGCCACGUAAGAGGUCGAAGUGCUGUUGGGUCUGGUAAUGCCCCCAAGAGAGCUUCUCUAAAGCCCCUGCAUUGGGUGAAAGUUACUCGAGCAAUGCAAGGGAGUUUGUGGGCUGACUCGCAAAAACAGGAAAACCAAUCAAGGGCUCCUGAGAUUGAUAUAUCAGAACUUGAAAGUUUGUUCUCAGCAGCCUCUGUUUCAGAUGGGAAAGGCAGCAUUAAAGCUGGAGGUCGACGUGGUUCUCACAUUAACAAACCUGAGAAAGUGCAAUUGGUAGACUUGCGAAGAGCCUAUAAUUGUGAAAUAAUGCUCACAAAAAUUAAAAUUCCUUUGCCAGACAUGAUUAAAGCAGUUCUAGCUUUGGAUUCCUCAGCUUUAGACAUUGACCAGGUUGAGAACCUCAUCAAAUUUUGUCCUACCAAGGAAGAAAUGGAAAUGCUGAGGAAUUAUACAGGUGACAAGGAAAUGCUUGGAAAGUGUGAGCAGUUUUUCCUGGAGUUGAUGAAGGUUCCACGAGUUGAAGCUAAGUUGCGAGUAUUUGCGUUCAGAAUUACCUUUUCUAGUCAGGUGGAUGACUUAAGACGAAAUCUGAAUAGUAUAAAUGAUGCCACUAGAGAGGUAAAAGAAUCCGCGAAAUUGCGUCAGAUAAUGCAAACAAUUCUCACUCUGGGAAAUGCUUUGAAUCAGGGCACUGCACGAGGAUCUGCUGUAGGAUUCAAAUUGGACAGUCUUCUUAAAUUAUCAGAUACUCGUGCAAGAAACAAUAAAAUGACAUUAAUGCACUACUUGUGCAAGCUACUAGCUGAGAAAAUGCCGGAGUUACUAGACUUUGACAAGGACCUUGUUCAUUUAGAAGCUGCCUCUAAGAUUCAACUGAAAACUCUGGCUGAAGAAAUGCAAGCUGUGAGUAAAGGCCUUGAAAAGGUUGAACAAGAACUCACCACUUCAGUAAAUGAUGGUGCCAUCUCCACUGGCUUUCAAAAGGUCUUGAAGAAUUUCCUUGACACUGCUGAAUCUGAAGUUAGGUCACUUAUCUCAUUAUAUUCUGAAGUGGGAAGAAAUGCAGAUUCCUUGUCUCAGUACUUUGGAGAGGAUCCGGCUCGUUGCCCCUUUGAACAAGUGACGCAAAUCUUGGUUGUUUUUGUUAAAUUGUUCAAGAAGUCACGAGAGGAGAAUGAAAGACAGGCUGAUGUUGAAAAGAAGAAAUUGGAAAAGGAAGCCAUGAAAGAAAAGGCAACCACUAAUUUAUCUGCUAGGAAAGAUGGUGUUGAUAGCGAUAAGUCAACGCUUGGCUUUCAAAUUCAGAAAGACCUCCUUAAUCAUGGUUCUAAUCACACGACAACCUGAAGGAGAUUCUUGGAGGAGGUUAGUCUUGCAUGCUAAUGGGCAGCAUCCGCGGUUCCUCAAAGUCCACGUUAAAAGCAAUAGAAUAGUGCUUUACAGAGCCAAAUGCAACUCAACAAUGUGUUAAAUUUUACUUGCUUAGAACCAGGAAGUUCAUGGCGAGUUGUCCUUCCCCGGCACAAACCCUCUUUUCUGGUCAUGGACGGACUCAAUCCCCACAUAUGCCUUAGAUAUUAUAUAGCCCCCACAAACUGUACAUAGCACAUGAAAUCCGCCAUCACCUCCACGUAGUUCCCAUCCCAAGUGAUGAUAUUUAUGAUAAUAUAUCACUGUAGAGAAUCAAAACUUUGUGGCAGUGGCUGUAGUUCCCCGGAGAACUAGUUUUGCAGAUGAUGAUAUCUGAUAUCGGUUCUUCCGUGGAAAAUUUUAGCGCAGUCAAUAGCAUUGUUGAAAGUUUGUAUGGUUGC